UUUUUGCAGUACAAGCAAGAAGUGGAUGAUUGCAGCCUGAGGAACUCCAUUUGAAGGCAAUGAUGAGUUUUAUUAGCGGUAUGUACCUGCCUUACAGGAAGGGAUAUAUUCCAUGUCUUUCCAAGAGAAAAAUGGCAAGGAAAAGAUUGUUGUAGAGAAAUGAGAGAGAGUAAGAAUAAUUUUGUACUUGGUGAUCAGCAUUAUGCUUGUAGUCACAAGUUGAGUGUGGUAUUGGAAUUUUUUCACCUUUUCGCCCUUUUGAUUACAAGGUGGCACAUUUGUAUAACCUAUCACGUUUUUCAUUCUGUCUGUCUGUACAUCAGUUUUCUCUAAGAUAGUUCUCUUGCUGCAUCAUGAUCAGUGCCGGUUGUUUCUUUUGAAAUUCACUACUAUUGGACUUAUAAGGAAAAUGGAUUUUGAAACAGCUCAGAUGGUAAAAAAAUCUGAAACUGAAAAUGCAGGCAGUGGUGAUGGUGAAGAUGUUGUUGUGUGUGAUCCGGGAUCAGGGAAGCAGUUGGAGCCCAGGACUCCUCCAUUUUUGUGGAAGACAUUUGCAAUGGUGGAUGAUCAAGAAACUAACUCAAUCAUAUCAUGGAAUUCCACUGGCACUGGUUUCAUUAUCUGGGAUCAGAACAAGUUUACAGCUGAGAUUCUUCCGAGGCUUUUCAAGAGUAGCAAUUUCUCCAGCUUUGUCUACCAGCUCAAUAAUUAUGGAUUCAGAAAGAUCAGUUGGGAUCGGUAUGAGUACGCAAAUGAAUGGUUUCAAGCAGGGAAAAAGCACUUAUUGAAGAACAUCAAAAGGAGGAACAAACAAUCUGAAGUCACCAAUAAGCGGGGCCGUUUAACUCCUGAUCAUGAUUCCACGACUGCUGCAAUAGAGACAAAAUUAGAUGCUAUGGUGACAGAGCAAAAUGACAUGAAAUGGAAAAUUCAAAAGCUCAGAGAGAGUCUGGACAAUAUGGAAGAUCAGCUUACAAGUCUUAAGACAACCACGAUACUUCAAGAAUUUGAAGAUGAGAAAAUGGAAAUUGCAGUAUUUUUAAAGCAGUUUAUGCAGUACUUGAGAGAGAUGAAAGAUGAGGCAAGUGGUGAUAACUCAAAGAGACCAAGAGUGCAUACUCCACCUACCACAGAACGCAAAGUGGAGCUGUCGGACAAUGUUGAUAUUUCCACAGAGAAAUUAGUCACCUCUGUUGAUGAUUCAGGGAGCUCCACUCGAGACAACAAGGUUAACAACACUAGAGAAAAUGCUGAACAUUGUCAAUUUUGGAAGAACAUGCUGGAGGAGGAUGCAGGGUUAGACCAGGGAGAUUUAGCCGCCCAUCACUCCAAAGCCAUUAUGGAACUUGACGAGAUGAUGGCGUCAAAUAUUGAAAUACAAAGGGAAUUUCUGAUCCCUAAGCCCUAUGAUCCUGACAUGGAGGAUGCUGGUCACCUGGAACUGUGGACAUAAUUUGAACUGAAACAGGAUGGGUACAGUUACUUUGCUACUCGAAACUGUAGUUUUGCUUCCAGUUUUAAUUAUACCUCAACCCAAGCUCAGCAUGGGUGUCCAUUUGCUGCAUGUCAAGUGUCCAAGAUUUGGCUUGUGACAGUUUUUAAGUACUAGUCAUUCCAGAGAAUUAGGAGAAUUGAAGUAAUAUUCAGAUUUCUAUGCAAAUACAUGUCUGAUACUUGAGUAUUCAGGAACAAGCAUGUUUCUUUAAGCAGCAAUUUUCAUCCUUAUCAUCUUCAAAUGCGAAAUUGCCUGCCCUCAGCAUAUCUUAAUAUUCAUAGUCAAAUAAUAGGUACUGCCGUGCAUGAGAACUAACCUAAAGCGAAAGCCUGCAGUUGCUGAUAUGUAGAUGCUGAUAAUUGAACUGUAGACAAAUUCCAUACUUAAAAGAAUUACUAGAGAGGCAAUAUUAGAUUUCUCAUAAGACGUUAAAAGGGAGGAAUUUAGUGGAUUGGCGGUCGACAAACAUUCCUGUCAUUUGCUAAAAGUGUCAUCUUUGUGUCCAAGGAAGAAAAGGUUCCAACAAAGUUUUUCCAUGAAUCCAGAACUGUAUUUAUGUAUCUUGGCAAUCUAAACGCAUCAAUGAUGUGUUCUCUUUAAUAAGUAGCCAGAGGGCAUCACUUCUACUGUGAAGGAUGAACCAAAUCCAAACAGGGUCACCAAACUGUAGGUGCAUUAACCAAAUUGGUUGGCUCAGUGAUUGAUCUUCUGGUUGAAGAGCCAUCUCAAGAAUCACUUUCCCAAACGUAAGAGAGUUAAGAAAGUGAACUACGGUGUUCAGACAUUGUCAAGAUGCAUUAUUAAGUUUCCAUUUGUUCCAACCAUCCCAGACCACUGCAUAUCACAAACGUAAUUGGAUGGAAAGAUCAAUAAACAGCCCUUCUCUCUGAACGAAUAGAUUUAUGUCUAUAACCUCAUUUUCUUAUAUUGGUAUUUGAAUGAAAAUUUUUGUAACUAUUACAGAUAAAAAAUGGGAUGAGUAACGAAUGGGUUAAACAACACCACAAAUGUGCAUUUCACCACUAUAAUACAGGCACAGAAAUGGAGACUGGCAUUCCAA